GAGCCGGCCUGGUCGCCAGCCUAACCCGGCACUGUGAGCUGAGCGCCUGGGCGGCGGCGGCGGCGUGAUGGCUCCCGCCGCGGACCGGGAGGGCUACUGGGGCCCCACGACCUCCACGCUGGACUGGUGCGAGGAGAACUACUCCGUGACCUGGUACAUCGCCGAGUUCUGGAAUACAGUGAGUAACCUGAUCAUGAUUAUACCUCCAAUGUUCGGUGCAGUUCAGAGUGUUAGAGACGGUCUGGAAAAACGGUACAUUGCUUCUUAUUUAGCACUCACAGUGGUAGGAAUGGGAUCCUGGUGCUUCCACAUGACUCUGAAAUAUGAAAUGCAGCUAUUGGAUGAACUCCCAAUGAUAUACAGCUGUUGCAUAUUUGUGUACUGCAUGUUUGAAUGUUUCAAGAUCAAGAACUCAGUAAACUACCAUCUGCUUUUUACCUUAGUUCUAUUCAGUUUAAUAGUAACCACAGUUUACCUUAAGGUAAAAGAGCCAAUAUUCCAUCAGGUCAUGUAUGGAAUGUUGGUCUUUACAUUAGUACUUCGAUCUAUUUAUAUUGUUACAUGGGUUUAUCCAUGGCUUAGAGGACUGGGUUAUACAUCAUUGGGUAUAUUUUUAUUGGGAUUUUUAUUUUGGAAUAUAGAUAACAUAUUUUGUGAGUCACUGAGGAACUUUCGAAAGAAGGUACCACCUAUCAUAGGUAUUACCACACAAUUUCAUGCAUGGUGGCAUAUUUUAACUGGCCUUGGUUCCUAUCUUCACAUCCUUUUCAGUUUGUAUACAAGAACACUUUACCUGAGAUAUAGGCCAAAAGUGAAGUUUCUCUUUGGAAUCUGGCCAAUGAUCCUGUUUGAGCCUCUCAGGAAGCAUUGAUGAAUCAUUCCACCAAGAAAACAAACAAGCACCUACCAUAGACCUGGCAGAAUAAAUAAGGAAAUCCUUAAAGAUCUACAAGUUCAAAUAGGUCAUGACCAUCACAGCAGAGGAGUGACUUUCUGACUAAUGCUGCCACCCACACAGAGAAUAAGGAGUGGGGCCUGCUGGGUGUUUAGCUCAUGGCUUUAUCUCAUUUGUCCCCCUCCUCCUUUCACGCUCCAGUUUAUAAAGAAACAGAGAUGAUGUGUGUGUACACCUCAAAUGCAGAAACAGUUGAGCUUUUCUUAACAGGUUAACAGUUUGUGCUCGUUAUAAGAAAUUAACCUUUUUUUCUUUUUGUCAAGGGUUGCAUGUGAAUUAUACCUUUAUUAAUAUUUGAUUAAAUAAUGCAAACAGUCAGCUAAGAGCCAACAAAACCCCAUAUCCAGAUAGUUAGCUGUGAGCCAGCACUCAGCUGUGUCAGAUUUGAUUAAUAUUGUAUUAAGCUCAUGGAUGGUUCUCAAAGGUAAAAAAAAAAAAAAAAGAGAGAGAGAGAGAGAGCUAGCUGUGGGAUUCUGUGUAGCUCACCAUUAUCUGUUCCAGGGUUAGUCGGGGGAUCAUAAGCAAGCUCAGACCUGCCCCAGUAUUUAACCACAUCCCAGGAUUUAUGGUGUCUGUCUAUGGCCACAGCCAACCAGAAUGAGUGGGUCAUCUUAUAACCUUUCUGAAGCUCCAUGAGGACAUGUAUAGAAUGCUGCACCUUCAGCCAGCUCUGCUCUGAUCUUUGCAGAUCUUUAAGUUGUCACUGUUUCUACGACUAGACAAAUAUGACUGGUGGUCUAGACUACCCAUAGUUCAUCCUCCUCACAUAACUUAUUUGAAGUUGUCAGGGAAUGUCAUUACACUCUGAUUUUUUAAAUUAUGCACUAUUUUCCAGUUCUCAGAGAGGUCAUGAUUGUGCCCAGGGAAGUGUGUUGCAUUAACUAAAGCUAAAAUGAUCAAAAUCCUAUUUACAUAAAGCGUAUUAAAAUAUCUGCUCCUUAAUUUGCUGCAGGAAAUAGAUGUAAGUUUCUGUUACUUGAAACCUACAGAACCCACAAAAAUUAGGGUGCUAAGAAAUGACAGUGAAAUCUCAUCGUAAGGCAGCUAGUUCUAAUUUGCAUUUGAAUGUAUAACAAAUUGCAUCACUUUUCACAAACUUAACAACUGCCUGGAGUAAAAAUCUGAUUUGACCCCUCUGCUCAUGUAUCAUCAUAUUUGUAGCUCUGCAUCAUUUAGCAUUUUUAUGACUUUUUUUGCUUUAUAUAAAUUAUUGUAAAAUCCAGAUUGUUUUUACCACAUGAUGACAUGACUUAAGAUUAAAUCCUGAGCUACAGUUUCAAAAGGAAAAUCAUUUUUUUCUUAUGCAAAGAUGGUAAAACACUUUUGUCAUUUUUUUCCAGUAUUCAGUAAGUAGCCUUUGUACAAAUUUAAAACCAAAAACUAUUCUGUUGUUUUUCUUCACCUACUAACCUUAGUUUUUAACCAAGCAUCCAAGGAUGUCAAGUUGACAUCCUUCCCUUAGCAUGCCAACAAGCCAUUAGACUGAUUCUUCCGCCUACUUUUAUGAUCCUCCAGGAAGAAAAACACUUGCCAAAACAUUAAGAGAACUUUGGUUCUGCCUUAAGAGGGUAUAAAAUUAAACCAUUUGAAGGCACAGCCUGUAAGACUAUACUUGAUUUUGCCCCAAGAUUCUGACUUCUGGCUACAUUUCACCUGCAGUUACCUGGGCUAUCAGCCAUGAUACAUUUUUUAAUUCAUUUGUUUUCCACCAUUAUAUUUUUGUACUUUUCAGUUAGAUAUACUUCUGCAUAAAGAGUAUAUAUACAGUGUAGGAUAAAGGCAUAUCCUACAUGGCAAUGCUGUUAAACAUGGUAAGACUGAGGUUCUGCAGAAUUAAAGUCAGAUUAAGGGUACAGAGAGCAUACCUUGAUACUGAGGCCAUUUAGAGCAAUUUGUUUAAUGAGUGGUUCAGCCAUCACCACCAGUAGCCACCUGUUCAAUAAAAAUUGCCCAGCACCACAGUGGAGAGUCAUCUACACCCCAAGGUGAACUGUAAGACUGCCCAAAUUCUUUGAAGACCCUUGUUUCUGUUGGGAGAAUGGAAAGCAGAAAGGGAAGCCAGGCUCUUUAAUGUUCCAAGUCAGCUGUGCCUCAAACAAGGCUCUCUUUUUAGCAACUAAGUAACACACUCAAGAGUUUGUAUCUGUGCAGCAUUUUAUGGAAAUCACUGGUGACCUAUAGGAUACUACUAAAUUAUCUUUAUUUCAAUAGCUUUAUUUUUUCCUACUCGGAUUCUAGGUGGACAUUACAGGGUUGGAUUCCUCACUACCCCCUCCCGCUGUCAUUUGUUUUAUUGGAAAACUUCAUGUUAACUAGAGUGUACAAAAAGUCUGUUUCCUGCUGAGCCAAUAAUGAUUUGUUUGCAUAUCACCUAAUGUGAAAAGUGCUCAUCUGUGAACCCUACAGCAAAUUAUAUUUUAGAAAAUACUUUGUGAGGCCGGGCAUGGUGGCAGAGCAAGACUCUGUCUCAAAAAAAAAAAGAAAAUACUUUAUAAGGAUGUAAAAGAAGCAAUUUGUUUGCACAUCUGAAUAUCCUUCUUGUGCCUCCAUUUUCACUCUGGAAAACUGAAAGCAAUUUGACUUUUAUUUUUGGUUUUCUAAAGAACAGCUAGGUGAAAGGAGAUUAAGCUGAUUGUCACUCUGCCUACCCACUACCUACUCCCCACGGUGGUGUUUCAUGAAACAUCCCCACCACCUGAAGUGAUCUUUUUAACCCUUGUGAUAGUAAAUGCAUUGAUAACUAACAGGGAAAACAUUUGCUUUUAAAUAAUCUACAAAGGAGAACCCAAAUAGUAGUAUUUUGUUUGACAGAAGUAAAUCAAAUAUUAUGGUUUAAAUAUAAUGCAAAAUUUCAGGACAGUUAAUUUGGGCUUCCCUUACCCUAAGAAGGUUUUUCUUAUAAUAAGGAGAAGAGGUGUGGUUCAAAGAAAAUUAGGAGACAAAAACUUCAGGUACAUAAUGCAUGAAAAUCUUUAAAUGCCUGCAAAAAUUAAGUUCUGUUAAAAUACCAGCCAAUUCUAAAUUAGCCAAUGCCCUAAAAGCAUCUAACAAUUUAAGGUUAUCUUAUGAGUCCGAUGAAAACAAUUAUUUGUUGCUAAAUUUGAGUUUUAGCUACCAACUCCAUGUUUACAUGACAAGAAAUUGUUUUGACCCUGUGGUUUAUGACAUGCUGCUGGAUAAGCAUUUAUGUAAAACUGACAUUUCAAAGAGAACCAUUUAUAAUUGGAAUUUCCACCUGUGUGGCUGUUUGCAGAUCUACCUCCAUCUUCCAUUUUGCAUCCUGUCAGUGCUAUAAUUAGUUUGAUCACUUUGUCUUGUUUUUCAGUGUCUACAAUUAUAGCUUAUUCACUAUGUUCUAACUAUUUAAAAAUAAUGGGCCGGGCGCGGUGGCUUACGCCUGUAAUCCCAGCACUUCGGGAGGCCGAGGCGGGCGGAUCACAAGUUCAGGAGAACAAGACCAUCCUGGCUAACACAGUGAAACCCCAUCUCUACUAAAAAUACAAAAAAUUAGUCGGGCGUGGUGGUGGGUGCCUGUAGUCCCAGCUACUCGGGAGGCUGAGGCAGGAGAAUGGCAUGAACCUGGGAGGCGGAGCUUGCAGUGAGCCGAGAUCGUGCCACUGCACUCCAGCCUGGACAACAGAGCGAGACUCUGUCUCAAAAAAAAAAAGACUAAAAUUUGAUUUAAAGUAGUUAAACCCCUUUAUGGAAGGAGCUGCAAAAUGAAAAAAAAAAAAAAGGAAUCAUGUCAUCUUGACCCAGCUGGCUGGAAAUUUUCAAUACUGUCUUUUAACUGUUGCACUCCAGCCAGUCUGGGCAACGGAGUGAGACCCUGUCUCAAAAAAAAAAAAAAAAAAAAAAAAAUUAGGAAAUACUUGUUAAAAUAUCUGACUACGUAAUUGCUACAUGGGGGAGCCACUGGUGUUGCUGAGGUCCUUGGGAGCAUUCCACUGGACUUCACCAUUUCUCCAAAAUUAUCAGCCCAGUCAGCUUCAUAUACCCAGAUAUGGACACUUCUACACGUGAAAUUCAAACUGAAGAUAAAACUCUGACUUUGGAGUAUAAACUUUUGCCUUGAGUAUGAAACCCUGACAUUGCUGAAAGAAAAGUGGAAACUGUAAGGGACAACAAGUUUCACCAAGGAACAGUCUUCUCUGAUAGGCCAGCAAAGCAGCUAAGGAGAAGACAUCAUUCAAGAACUUAAGUCGUUUGUUAGCUACAGCAUUUCUGUUGCUGUGAUACGCAUUUAGCCAUUUUGGAGGAAAGCUGAGCAGUACUGACCACUCAUUUUCAUGUACUUUAAAUAACAAAUAUUAUUUCUCAAGGUCCUCAUUUUAUCAUUAAAUUCAGCUAAUUACUACCUGAUUUCAAAGGCAGCUAGUGUAGAAGACUGGUCACAAGCAUUUUUUUUAAAUAGAAAACCCUAAAAUCCAAAUCAAGAAAUUCAGUUACAGGCUACAAGUGACCUAAAAUUCCCCCACUCUAGCUCAGCAGCCAUCAGUCAGUAUAGCACCAGCCACAGAUCACUGCUCUGCAUACAGUUCCUUUUCGACCCUUACAAGACCAGCUUCAUUGCUUUAAAAAUGUAGUGUUGAUACUUGAACUGAAUUUAGUCAUUGGUAACUUAAAUAAUCACAAAAUUGUCAUAAAGCUUCUGAAACAUCUGGCAAUGCCAGACCUGUAAUCAUCACUUUUAAAUUGAGUUUGCAGAAUUAACUCUAAAGUUGCAGCAACCAUAUUUAUUAGAGAAAUCUUUAAGCAUAUACAUAUGGUUCCCUAUGAGCAUUCAUUCAGAGAUCAUCUGUGCCUAAAAGAAAAUGAUAAAACUGUGUCAUAAUAUCAAAGGGGUCUAGAUCAGGAGUUGGUAAACUACAACCCAUGGGCCAAAUCCAGGCUGCAGUUGUAUGGCCUGCAAGGUAAGAAUGGUUAUUUUAUUUUACUUUAUUCUAUAUAUAUAUAUAUAUAUAUUUUUUUUUUUUUUUUUUUUUUUUGAGACAGAGUCUCUCUCCGUCACCCAUGCUGGAGUGCAGUGGCAGGAUCUCAACUCACUGCAACCUCCGCCUCCCAAGGUUCAAGUGAUUCUCCUGCCUCAGCCUCCCGAGUAGCUGGGACUACAGGCACAUGCCGCCAUGCCACCAUGCCUGGCUGAUUUUUGUAUUUUUAGUAGAGCUGGGUUGGCCAGGCUGGUCUUGAACUCCUGACCUCAAGUGAUUCGCCUGCCUUGGCCUCCCAAAGUCCUGGAAUUACAGGCAUGGGCCACCACGUCCAGCUGGUUUUUACAUUUUAAAAAGUUUAAACAGAGAAAGAAGAAGAAUAUGCAACAGAAACUGUAUGUAGCCCGGAAAGCCUAAAAUGUUUAUUCUCUGGCUUGGGAGUUUGUCUCCGCUGCUCUAGACUGUCAGCAAGUGGUACAGUGGUACAGUACAGCAGUACUGCCCAACUGCACUUCUCUGCAAGGUGAUUCUAGUGUGCACUUGUCAGAAUGAAAAUAUGUUAUCCAUUUAAGACAUCUCAUGUCUUUGUUGAAUGUAAUCACAUGAUUUGUAUUUAAUAUUUACAUGACCAAAUUAUUUUUUCAUAUCAGUUUUUCUAGAUUGGCAAUAGCCUGUUGCAAAGUGCCUAAACCUUUGAGAAAAAUUACUAUGAGCAAGGUCCAUGAUUUAGUUUUCAAUAUAAAGGGAAUUCCAUUCUAUACUGUAAAAUCCAAAAAUGCUAGUUGCCCUCAGCUUUUGAGUUGACUUCCAGAAAGUUGAGAUCUUUUGACCAUUUUUUCUCAUGUCAUAUAAAAUGCGCCACAUGGUAGUUGUCAAGCUGUGGCAGUCAUGUACACUUUUUUCUUUUUUUUUUUUUUUUUUUUCAACUUUCUUAAAGGAAAAGUUCAAAGUCCUUUCCACAGUUCGUCUUGGCUUCUUUUGGAUUUUUCUUUUUAGAACUAAAUUAUUCAUACCAAUGUAUAAGUGAGUCUGUUCUAAGAUAUAGAGGCCAUUAUCUAUUUUUGCUUAAUGUACUCGUGGCAUUGUUCACUGUCAUGCAUUUCCAUACUUUUAAUAUUUCUGAGUCACUUAUUAAUGUGACCAACAGAUAAACUGUUCAAGCUAAUACAGCAUUUCCUAACUUCAUAGUUGUUGCAGAUGUUUGUUCUAGUAGUGAUUAUUUAAUAAACAUACAUUGUACUGAAUCUUAUUAGCAACUAACUAUUUUCAGGUAAUCUCAGUCUGCUUAUUCACUUUUUCCAUUUGAUUUGCUAAUGCCACAAUCAUUUUUCUAGAAAAUAGUAGGAUAAUGUAUUUUUUCCAGUCUGCUAUAAUGGAGACUAUAUUUCCGCAUUCAUUACCUCUCAUAGGUGAAAAUAUUAAAUUAAAUGAUAUUGUUUUGAAUAAGA